GCGAGCGGCGGAAGUGUUUCGUGACGUACCGGAUGUAGCUCGGGUGACUCGUAGGACGAAUAAGAAAGCAUGUUUAAACCAGUAAUUCGAACCUGUAAAACGGUCACGUUUUUAUAGAAAGAAGUGUACAGAUUAAGGACGGAAAUGGCGACGCAGAGUUGUCGUUUUGUGCUGCAGCGGGGAGUUGGAUUCUUCUGUUUCCGAGCAGCAUCUGAAAGUCCUGUCCAGUUGGUCGGUUCUGUUAGGUCAAUAGAAUCCAGCACAUGGUUUGAUGAACACCUCACAGAGGACAACCAGGAGUUCAUGAGAAGGAGCGUUGCAGAGGAAUACAGAAGACAGACAGCUGAAAAGCUCAACCCACUUAAAGACGAGCCCUGGCCAAGACAUGAAUGGACAGAAGGCAGUCGUAGAGUUGGGUUAAUAGCCGUGAAGUUGGGAAUGGCCCCGAUCUGGACAAAAACAGGAGAAAACUUUCCUGUCACCAUCCUGCAGGUACAGGACUGCCACGUAAUCAAGCACGUCUCCAAAGAAGAAUUUGAUGGUCGCACUGCUGCUCUCCUUGUAGGAGGGAAAAAUGUAUCACCAUUUUAUAGGUCGGAAAGCAUAGUCGAGAUGUUCAGAAAUGCAGGAGUGCCCCCAAAACAGAAAAUUGCCUAUUUCAGAGUCUCUGACAAUGCUAUCCUCAAACCAGGCACUCCUCUGUAUGCAGCGCAUUUCCGUCCAGGCCAGUAUGUGGACGUCACUGCCAAAUCUAUUGGCAAAGGUUUUCAAGGUGUAAUGAAGCGUUGGGGGUUCAGUGGUCAGCCGGCCACCCACGGGCAAACCAAAACUCACCGCCGACCGGGAGCUUCUGGACCCGGAGGGGAUCCAGGCCGAGUUUUCAAAGGAAAGAAGAUGCCCGGCAUGAUGGGCAACAUAAACAUCACAGAACACGGACUCAAGAUUUGGCGAGUCAAUACCAAACAUAACGUGCUGUAUGUGCACGGCUCUGUGCCCGGCCACAGGAAUUGCUUAGUGAAGGUGAAAGAUACGGUGCUGCCGACCAGGCGUCCCACAAUGCCCAGCGGUCCUUUCCCAACCUAUUUCGCCGAGGAGGAAGGCGACCUCGAAGAGGACCUGUACGACGAUGACCUGUUUGUUCACACAGAGGAGUCGCUAACACUGACCUGACAUGUCCUCUUCACCGCCAGCAAAUGCACAUGUUACAUCUAAAACUGUAGUUCAAUCCGGAUCAUUUAAUAAACGAUAAUCUCAUUGGAUG